CAUACUUCCUACUAUAUCCUUCAUCUGCUCUUGUCGAGGCGGUGAGUUCUUCCAAGCUAACGGACUCAAUCUCAUCGUGAAAUUCACACACAGAGCAUCCUGCUUUCGCUUCUCACUUUGUGCUAGCUUCUGUCUCGGCGAAUGAUCCGUGGUUGACCUUCUUAUUCGAUCAGCGCGAUACAACCUGGUGGAGGUCCUCCCUCCACGAUCGACACAGUGCUGCUCGUAUGCACACCUACUAGAACCCACCUCUGCAGUCACCCUUUGCAACACUCGGAUGAGGCUCUGAAUAAUUACGGACUACAGCAGUGCGCGGGGCUGGAAACUAGGACGACUCCAUUAGUGGCUUCGCCUGCAUCAUGCGGUGUCGUUCCCAAACCACGCUUCACUCCGCUAUAAGAUGGCCCUGAUGGACUCUCCUGUGGAUUCAAAUCCUCCCUCGCCUCAUUUCCUCCAUGACACCUUUUCUCAACAGGCCGUGCCAACUAUGGUUCUAGAGGCUGACACAAUUCGGCUUCUUAUUCAACAGCUCGAGGCUGACAGAAGGGCGUAUUUGUCGACAUUCGAGAAAUUUCAUGAGACUCUGGAACAGGCACUCAAUGGCCGAUCUGCCAAAGAGGAUACGCUGUCAGAGACCACACUUCUGGGUUCCAGCUCAAAGCCUUUAGUGGCGUCUCCGAAGAUACUGCCUUUGUCGGGCUCUGGGCGAGGCAUAGAGUCACCGACGAUACCGCAAGCCCUGACCAAAGGUCAUCGGGCUGCCACUUAUAUCUUGGAACAUAAUCAAGCUCAUCACGCCAAAGACUCCAUUUUCACGGGAGAUUUGACUUCAGACAGCGAAGACGAUGAAUCGCUCUUCGCACAGGAACUCCUCCCAACGACCGAGUAUUCGGAGAUUGACUUGAUCGACCAUCUGAAGAGUCAUAACUGGGAUAUUUACAGCAAAUAUAUCCUUCAAGAUCUCCUUCGGAACUUGAGUCUCUUGGAAAACGGGAUAUUUUUGAAGGAUCGGCAUCACCAGAUCGACGCAAAUCAUCAGCACGCGGAUAUUUAUCAUGUAUCUACGGAUGGGGCUCCUUUGCGGUAUAGCAGGGGUGAUUCAGAAGAAGGUCCGCUGGCAGUCUGGGAGGCUCUUCGAGCCACAAACUCUGACCCCCAAAGGCACCAGGCAGUUGGUCGGAUCAUCAUUGUCCGGGAGCCUCCUUCCAGUUUGUUUGCCGCGCUACACCUGACAAUGCGAGACUAUUUCGACAUGGACAGCAUAUAUCGCAUGUUGAUCGAUGACACGACACCGACAAAAGCCAUUACCAAAGGGUAUCUGGAGAAGGACCACCGGCGGCAACGCUCAGUCGUCUUCGUUUUCAAAUAUCAUACCAUUAUUGGGGAUGGUAGAUCACCUCUUCCGUGGCAGAAUCACGAUGAUAGUAUCAAGGAAAGUUCAGAUGACCACAUUCCGUUGUCUACCUGCUCGUCCGUGGUGGCACUAUCGUUAGCUGGCAAGUCGAGUCACACUUUGAGGCGCAACUCUCGGAAGAGGAAGUCCAUUGUUGGUCAUGUGUACGAUCCGUUUGCGCCCUGGCACGUUUUGUCAAUACAGUGUUUUCCGGACUGGAGAUCCAGUGUCGACAUCCAUGAAACCAAUUAUCACUAUGUCAAUGGGCCAGACGCGUUCCUUUCAUCUCUAAUGGUGGAAUACAGAGAUGCCGUCAAGAGGUUCAGGGAGGUGUUCGCGAGCAUACAACAACUAGCGACACCUCCCAAUAGAUCCAUCUUUGACAGAGGCUUGCGGGACGAACUCCUAUUUGAGAAUGAUAAAUACACAUAUUCGCGACGAUAUUUCUGGGCCUCGCAGACGCUUGGAUUACUGAGUAACGAGAUCAAGGCAAUGAUCGCGGCUUACCGGGAGACAUUUACCGACGAAUUUUGGUCCGGUGAGCACAAAACAUUGUUUCCAGGCACGAAGGAUCAGUCUCCCAAGUAUCACAACUGGAGGAAGAAGCUCCUACAUACACGAAGACAGUUCGAGAAGGAGAUCGUCCGUCUAGAGGAGGUGCUGAGAAUGUUCCAACAGCAACAAAAGGAAAUUCGCAACCUGAGGGAGUGGCUGUUCAGUGGUACCUCGGUCCUGGAAAGCAGGGAAGCUGUCAACAUGGCCAAGAUCACUGUCGAGCAGGGCUACAACAUCCGACUCUUGACAUUGGUUACACUUUUCUACCUUCCUUUGACCUUUGUGACCUCAAUAUUCGGAAUGACCAACAUGCCAGUUGAUGAUAAUUAUGUCCCUUUCGCCAUGACCGUGGUGGGGAUUUGUAUCCCUACUUACUUACUAAUUCUGGUGGUCAACAAUCCCGACAAUAGCAGAAAAAUGGUCGAAUGCAUCAGUCUGGCUUUCAUCAAACUCGUAUCGUUCGCCGCCCCGAAGAGGUCUGAAAACCUGAAGAACAAAAUCAUCGCACAAAGACCGACGUCUGCCGACGCGAAGGAGGCGUCCAACCAGGGACCGGCCCCUCAUGCCAGUCUGGAGGCGAGGUUGUCUCGGGACCUGAACUCGGAGACGUCGGUUCGGGGCUCGCAAGGCUUUCUCCUGGCCAACACACGGCGCAUGUCACGGAGUGUCUUCAACCACCUCCCCGGCAUCGCGAGACACGCCUCGCAGUUCUCGGGGACGGACCAGAGUCUGUCCACUUUAGGUGCUUGGCCUGAAGAUGCCGCCGCCCAGCAGGUGGCGGCGGCCUCGAGGAACCGGAAACGAUCGAGCACGAUCAAGUUCGAAGAGCCUCAGUACAUGCCGACCAACGUGAAAAUCACCGAAGCGGAAGAGAAGGAGCCCGAGUACGAGAAGGAGGGACUGGGACCGUCGAGGCAGCUCACGGGCGAUUCUCAAGGCACCCUGUUUCUCUCUCCCAACGUUGUCGUCGAGUCGAGGCACUUCGGAGGUGAGGAGUCCCCCGGGCUGAGUCCAUCUCGCCCGAAUUUGAGCGAAGCACGCCCUCCACUCUCGGUCACACCGGUUCCUCGUGCCAGGACCACCAGGGGACGAAGUUUCAGCCCCGGCAGCCCCGGCACUUCUGACGGUCGUUCGUUGUUGAGGAGACUGAGUGAGCGUCUGUCGACGCUGCCACCCAGGUCUUUUUCGAACGACGAAGGAAACAAACCUUCCGGAGAGUCCGUUUGAGGGGACGAUGUGCCGAGUAUCCAGUGUAUAUUGUUCGACUUUUGUCUUGUUUUUAUCUCUCUGUUUUUCCACCGAUGGAGGCAUCCUCGGUUGGCUAAGCCGUCGGUAGAUCUUGGAAGGGACGUCAAAAAAAAGGCAACCAGCCAUUUGGUAUGUCAUGCCAGAUUUUCACGAAGCUCGCGAGAGCGACUACUACAAUGAAGCGACACGAAGAAUGACCAUUACAUGACGCGUAUGAUGCAAUGAUUUGGAAAAAUGUGGUCGAGAACGAAGGACGAAAGGGCUAUUGAGUGCUCUGUACAGAACUCGGUGGUCAUGGAGAUGCACAAACAAAAGAAAAAGACAGAAAAAUGAAGUGUGU